AUGAAUUUUGGUCUUCUUCUCCUUCUCCUUGCUCCGCUCUUCUGUCAGGCAAUCGAUAAACUGUCUGAAAAUGAAGCUCGUGCAGUUGCGACAAGUCUCGUCGAAGAUGUCUUCUUGAUCGAGACAACAGAAGAAGAGGUUGCCAAGAUCCACAGUUUCCCGUAUCAAACAAUAUCAACAGACGGUCACCUGAGAUAUUACUACGUGAAAGCUCUCACAGAGCUUAUCCGCAGGGAACGAAAAGCGCUGUUAGAAACGUUAUCGAAACAUGAAGCGUCACAAUUGCGACUUGAAACUGAAGAACUUCACGAUUUGGAGAUUCGUGGGAAAAUUGAGAAUCUGAAUCGAGAGGCGCAUAUCGAGUUCAGUGAGAAGGAGCUCGAACACAUUACAAAUAAUUUUGGUGGACCGGUUGUGAUUGAUGGAUUUGAUUUUGUGGCACAGAUGUAUUUGCCGAACACAACGAUUACAAUUCAUUAUGGCGUGGUGUUUGAAAAUCAAAAGUUUUUAUUGAAGAAUGAGACGUGGAUUCGGGGUGAAGUUACUACAACUAAACCAUUCGUUUGA